GCUCGGGAGUUAUUUGACAGGAGCCAGGGAAGCCGCAGAGGACGCGGAGGACCGCCGGGUGCCGGGAGGGCAGCUGGUUGAGUCCGGGCCGCCCGGAGCGCUGGGGAAGAGGACCCCGCGCAGCCCCUCCGCCGGCUCCCCGGCCGCCGUGCCAGCGCGCAGGGCGCGGCCGCAGCUGCGAGCGCCGCCCUCGCCCUCGGGGGCCGAGAGCCCCGCCGGCCCCGCGCCCGGUCACCAUGCUGCUCCGCCGGCUCUGCUGGCUGCCGUUGCUCGCGGGGCUGCUCCCGCCGGCGCCCGCGCAGAAGUUCUCGGCGCUCACGUUUUUGAGAGUCGACCAAGACAAGGACAAAGACUGCGGCUUGGCCUGCGGGGGUCCCGCCCAGAAACCCCUUUGCGCCUCGGACGGGAGGACCUUCCUGUCUCGCUGUGAAUUUCAGCGCGCCAAGUGCAAAGACCCCCGGCUAGAGAUCGCUUACCGCGGAAACUGCAAAGACGUGUCCAGGUGUGUGGCCGAGAGGAAGUACACCCAGGAGCAGGCCCGGAAGGAGCUGCAGCAGGUGUUCAUCCCUGAGUGCAACGACGACGGCACCUACAGCCAGGUCCAGUGCCACAGCUACACGGGGUACUGCUGGUGCGUCACACCCAACGGGAGGCCCAUCAGCGGCACCGCCGUGGCCCACAAGACGCCCAGGUGUCCCGGUUCCGUAAAUGAAAAGUUACCCCAACGGGAAGGCACAGGAAAAACAGUCUCCUUGCAAAUCUUUUCCGUUCUGAAUUCAGAUGAUGCCUCAGCUCCAGCGCUGGAGACACAGCCUCAAGGAGAUGAGGAAGAUAUUGCAUCACGAUACCCCACGCUUUGGACUGAACAAGUUAAAAGUCGACAGAACAAAACCAAUAAGAAUUCAGCGUCCUCGUGUGACCAGGAGCAGCAGUCGGCCCUAGAGGAGGCCAGGCAGCCCAAGAACGACAACGUGGUCAUCCCCGAGUGCGCCCACGGCGGCCUCUACAAGCCGGUGCAGUGCCACCCCUCCACGGGCUACUGCUGGUGCGUCCUGGUGGACACCGGCCGCCCCAUCCCGGGCACGUCCACCAGGUACGAACAGCCGAAAUGUGACAACACGGCCAGGGCUCAUCCGACCAAAACAAGGGAUUUGUACAAGGGCCGCCAGCUCCAAGGCUGUCCUGGUGCCAAAAAGAACGAGUUUCUGACGAGUGUGCUGGACGCGCUGUCCACAGACAUGGUCCACGCCGUCUCCGACCCCUCCUCCCCGGGCAGGCUCUCGGAACCUGACCCCAGCCACACGCUGGAGGAGAGAGUGGUCCACUGGUAUUUCAAACUGCUGGAUAAAAACUCCAGUGGGGACAUCGGCAAAAAGGAAAUCAAGCCCUUCAAGAGAUUCCUUCGGAAGAAGUCCAAACCCAAAAAAUGUGUGAAGAAGUUUGUUGAAUACUGUGAUAUGAAUAACGACAAGUCCAUUUCCCUGCAAGAGUUGAUGGGCUGCCUGGGCGUGACCAGAGAAGAAGGUGAAACUAACACGAGGAAACGGCACACCCCUAGAGGUAAUGCUGAAAGCACUUCUAGUAGACAGCCAAGGAAGCAAGGAUAAAUGACUGACACAUCCACGGCGGGUCCUAGACACGUGGCCGACUCCCUCACCAAAAAGCAAUUAAAAAAACCAAAACAAACACAUAGUAUUGCACUUUGUACUUUAACUGUAAAUUCACUUUGUAGAAAUGAGAUAUUUAAACAGAUGGCUUUAAUCUGUGAAAAUGGAAAGGCUGGCUUCAGAAAAGUAAUCACAUACAAUGUAUGUGUCCUUCUUUGACCUUCAAAAUCUGUAGUUGGUGGAGAUGUAUUUUGAAUGGAUUUAAGCUUAAUUUCUUCCUCCUACGCAUGUUAACCUGGCAGAAGCCUUGGCCGAAGGCGCUCUGGCUCCCGGCCUGUAUCUCCUUACCGGGGCCGUUACUAAUAGUCUCGCCAGGUUGGCAUCGUUGGAAAUCUACUGCCCUGGCAGCAUCGCUGAAUCCAUGUUGGAAGCUUCAUGGCGCCAUAGAAGUUUGUAAUCAACUGCUGUCUUUGUCAUGCAGUUAAUGAGUGCAUGGGUCUUUUUGUUUCUUGGGAUUUUGUGUUAGUUUGUUGGUUUUCCUUCCAGAGUUCUCGCUCACGCAAUGAGUUACCCAACCACUAAAGCAAUCUUUACAGGUAGUGCCCUGGUAGAAAAGAAGGUUUUUCAAACUCUUUUUUUUUUUUUUUUUUUGGUGGUGAAAAACAACUGUUUUAUUAUGCUUGCAGAUUUUGUGGGUCUGGAAUUUGGACAGGGUGCAACGGGAUGGCUUGUCUUUGUCCCCGAUGUCUGGGUCCUAUAAUGUGCCUGCUUUUUCCACUGCAAGCUUCUGUUUGAGUUUUGCCUCGGGCUCAGAUUAUUCAUGCAGUAAAUGCUAGAGAAUUCUUUCUGCAUUUCUGAGGCAGCAUGAAGGGGUCCAUGGUUCAGAAAAGUAAAUUUAAUCAUGACCUGACCAAGCCAGCUAAACCCGCUUGCCAGCCUGCGUUUUCUCUUACACCUGCCCCCACCCAGGGGCCCCCCGGAAGGUAAAACUGUCCCCUGAACAAAUUAUGAACAGUCCCCUUAAAGAAGGCACAGCCAGGCGAAGCUGUGCCUGGGUCUUGAUCUUGGCAGCCGAGGACAAAGGCCUGCGGGUCCCCCACCCUCCCUUCUUCUUUCCUGGAGGCCUCAAGGGCUCAAGGGUUUGCCGAUGGGAAAUUCGUCCGAAUGGGACUUGAGAGGGGCGGGUGGGGAGCUGAAUGCCCCACUGUGAACAGCAGAGCGGGCCCUCGGGACAGCCGGCUUCCCGUCUCAGAGCUGGACCCCGGCCUCCGCAGAUGUGCCCACGGGCUCCAUGAAGCAUUUAGGGGACAGCCCCGGAGCUGGGGUGACACGCUGUGACGCUGUCUCGGCUCUAGCUUUUGGUUUGGGAAAAAAAUCUUCACGGCCCCAGACCGCCCAACACAUGUUGUGUCAAACGAUCUUGAAUUUGCAUGAAGACGUUUCAAGAGGCGUCUCAUUUAAACCGUGCAAAAGUCAAAACGGAAACUUUGGAAACACAAAACCAGCUCCAGUGUGUGUCACCAUUGUUUAAGAAACAGGAUCCUAAAUUUAUUGGAUGAUCUUUUAUAUUUCUGAACUUUGAAUUUAAUCAUUUUUCUUAGAUUAAAAUAAAACAUGCUAUCAAAACCA